AAUAUUUAUCCUAUUGGAAUGUGUAUUUAUUCAAUGAUAAGGGCCUGAAUGUGUUACUAUAAAUACCUUGAUUGUGGUAUCGCAAAGCAAUCUGUUUGGAUUGCAGUUUUCUUUGUUAUACCCUGUAAUUUGCAUUGGAAUGGUAUCUUCUUGUCAGGAAAAAUGUGUUUUAUAGUGUAAAAUUCCUGUUGGUUCAUUUGGGAAAAUUUUCAAGUUUGUACUUAGAGAAGUUGCUACAUCGAACACUGCGGUGCCUAAUCUUUUGAAAAUGUACAAGCAAGGAAAACCAAAGAAACUUCUUUGAUUUUGUCCCUCAACUAUAAAGAAAGCAUGUUACAAUCAACAACAUGGUUAAAUGCAUAGUGAAAACUUUGAUACCAUAAAAUGCAAAUGUACAAUGGAUCUUCAUGUAUGAUGAUAUCAAUCAUUCUUAUGUGCUAAAUCUGCUUUUAUAUUGACUAUUCUAGAAUUGUCCAACCAUUCUACUUGAGGAUCUCCCGAGACUAUCGAGGAAGUACUUAGCAUAUUUUGACUCCUUGUUGAGAAAGAUUUCUGGUUGUAAUGGAAUUAAUGAGGAACUCUCUAAUUUUCGAACAACAUGCAAUAGUGCAUUAAUGUUUAAGUGGAUCCUUAUGUAAGUAUUUAUCGAAGAAAUUUUAAGACUGCUUCUACAAAUAUACAUUUGAACAAGGAGGAAGGACUUCAAAUGGAUAAUCACUGUUAUCUGUCUUGGAAGUUACCAUGUUUUAGUCACAGCUGACUAAAUCUUAUUGCCUCACAAGUAUUGAUCUUUAAUUUUCUAUAUCAUGUAGUUUGAGAAUUUAGUUUGAUUUCUUAUUAUUUAAAUAUUCUUCUUUAUCAUGAUAUUCUCUGGAGGUUUCCUUUAGAAACUGCGUUCAAUCAAAUUUACUUGCCAUCCUACUAUUUCCUUUAUAUUUUCUAUCAAUAAAUGAUUGCCUAGAUGGUAUGCUACUAUGCUUAUGCAUUCAUGUUCAUAUCAACAAUGACAACGUCAACAACAACAACAAGCAUGGAUUCUUUGGCAAACAUUCUAAUAUUUUUUCUUUUUCUUUGAGUCUUCUAUCAUCAAGAUACUCAUUUCGACUUUUUGUUAAGUGAUGGUCUCCACUAUCUACUUAUCAUAUUUCGUCUUUGAUAUUGUUGUCAUUAGACCUAAUUAGUUUUGGAUUUUGGCAUCUUUUGUUAUCCUCUUGAUAGUCGUCAAUACUAAUUUUAGUCAUCAGGUUUACACAUGAUGAAAUGCACUUCUAGCAAAGAUGGAUGCUGACAUGUUAAAAUGCUUGGCUUGCAUUUACAGUUUUUUGCUUUUGCUCAGAAACAUCACAUUGCUCGAAGUUUGUCAUCAUGUUCAUGUGGCAUUUUAGUUCCUGCACAUGUAGGUUCGAAGCUUCUUCCCUAAUAAUAGACAAUUCACACUUGUUUCAAGCUGUUGCUCAUGCUGAUUCAUGAUUUUCUUGAACCAGUUUUUCAUCUAUAUGACCUGCCUGAAUACCUGUUCCAUAACACUGCUUGAUAACGACGAAAACACGAACUGUAUCGAUGUUUUUCACUGUUAGCUGCGCUGUAAGAAAACAAUGGUUUCAAAGUUAGAUUAGUUCUUCCAGUUCGUUGAUUGAUUUGCAAGCAAAUUGGCAGGAGAAUUUUCUUUUUGUUUUCUUAUUUGCAAGGAUCGAUAGACGUAUCUACCAUAAUGGAUUUUUAAGGUUUAAUCAAGUUUCACCCGUGGAAGUUUGACAAAUUGACUUGGUCGAAAAAAUUUCACCAAACAUUACACGAAUUUUAGGCAUGGUGAACAAGUAAAUUUUAGUCAAAUCCACUCUUGUAGCUGCUCACGUUACCUAGCCUACGACAAUAUCAUGGUCAUAUGCCUUCAGAUUUUCAACUAGUGAAUUCUGGCCACUUGCUUUUAAAAUCACUCAAGCUCGAUCUCUGCUGUUCUCAAGUUCACACAUUAUCUUACGUGACUAAACCUAUGACUUUUUAAUUAAUAAUCAUUAUCUAAUCCCCUAGAAACAAUUUUAGAUUUGCACUGACUCACAUGUUUUGUCGAGAGGUCAAUGUAAUUUAUCAACUUCUGAGGUGUGAAGUUAAAAUGUUUUCAAACUCUUGGGAUGAAACUGAAACUUUCCUCCUCUUUCUGUGUCGCCUUGGAUUUCUCUAACAAAUUCCAUUGUUCUUCUGCUCGCCGUCCACGUUAUCCAUUUCGCCUGCUUUUCUCGAUUUGCUUCUCUACUUCGAGCUCAAUAAAAAAAUGCACAGCUCGAUGUCAACGACCGCGUUUUCCGUCCUCCUCCCCCAUAUCAACCAUCCACCUUCACCGAAUCCCCAUGUCUCCUUCUCCCCUUCCAUUCCCGGUCUUAGGGUCAGAGUUAGCGUCAAGCUUCCGUUUCGCAGGACCCUCGCCCGCUGCAGCACCACGGAGCCCCCCAUGCCGCCCAGCUCCACGGCGGAAUACCCCUCCGCGGUGGACUGCGUCGGCACCGGCUCCGAUGUCGAGUGCUACGCGGUGGAUGUGACUUCCUCCGACGAGGCCGACCGGCUCCUGCCUCCGAGUGCGAACAAGACCCUGUUGAGCUUCGAGGUCGAUCGAGGCGGGGAACGGGAGGACUUCAGUGCCGGGUUGGUAGGAAAGGCGCUGAGCUGGGCUCUCCUUGUGUCUCCGUUCUUCUUCUGGGGCACGGCCAUGGUGGCGAUGAAGGGGGUGAUCCCCAAGACGGGGCCUUUCUUUGUCUCCGCAUUCCGCCUGAUCCCCGCGGGGUUGAUAUUGAUUGGAUUUGCGGCGUCCAGGGGUAGGAAACUGCCGGCGGGGACGCUGGCUUGGCUGUCCAUCUUUUUGUUUGCCGUCGUGGAUGGUGCGUUCUUUCAGGGAUUUCUUGCAGAAGGAUUGCAAAAGACGUCAGCUGGGUUGGGUAGUGUUAUCAUUGAUUCACAGCCUUUAACAGUUGCCAUACUUGCUACAAUCUUAUUUGGUGAAUCAAUUGGUGUCGUUGGAGCUGCAGGACUUGUUCUUGGCAUCAUUGGACUUCUUUUUCUUGAGGUUCCAGCACUUUCAUUUGAUGGGAGUGGUUCUUCAAUAUGGGGCAGUGGGGAGUGGUGGAUGCUUCUUGCAGCACAAAGCAUGGCAGUAGGAACUGUUAUGGUCCGCUGGGUGUCCAAGUACUCUGAUCCUGUCAUGGCAACUGGAUGGCACAUGGUUAUUGGAGGGCUUCCUAUGUUGGCUAUUUCUGUUCUCAACCACGACCCUGCUAUGAAUGGAAAAUUAAUUGAUCUUACUUCUGCCGAUAUUCUUGCUCUUUGCUACACCUCUUUAUUUGGAAGUGCAAUCAGCUAUGGUGUAUUUUUCUACUUUGCAACUAGAGGUAGCUUGACAAGACUCAGCUCUCUCACAUUUCUAACACCAAUGUUUGCCUCAAUUUUUGGGUACCUGUACCUUGGCGAAACAUUCUCCUCGAUCCAGUUUCUUGGUGCUUUAAUCACCAUAGUAGGUAUUUAUAUGGUAAACUACAGAGGCACGGUUGACAAAGCAUGAAUGAAGGAGCAUGUGAUACUGCGGUAUUUGACUAUUUGGUAUAGGAAAUGAAGGUGGUACUUAUUCGAGACACACAGCAUCUAAAAUUGGGAAAGUAUUUUUUGGAAUCAAAGCAUACAAAAAGGCUAGAAGUUCCCAUUUAUAUAAUUUUGUGAAUAGUCAAGCUCUCAACUGAGGUUUGCCCGAAGUUCAAAACUGAGUUGAGGGAUAAAACAGGCAAUGUCGGUUGAUCUCCAAUGGUCAAUAAAGUUGGUUUUGUAGUUGAUCAUGUAGAAUCAAUCACAAGAUUGGCAUGUCUGCAUUCAAUCUCACAAUACAUACAAAUGUAUACUUUUAAUUUAUACCAAAUUGUAUUUGUGCCUUUUUAGCCCUCUGCAAGGAAUAUUAACCAAACUGCGUUCAGUAUCCUGUAAUUUUUGUAUAUGAAUGUGUCCGAAACUUCAAGAAUUACCAUGAUGAUUUACGAGUUUUAUA